GCAGGAGCCAGUCAUCACCUCCAACACACCUGCCACCACCACCACCACCACCACCACUAAUGGGUCAGCUAAGAUUCUGAGGUCUUGGUGGGUCUUCUGCCUUCCAGCCUAUCCACAAAGCCAAGGAUUCACUGCCAAAAGAAAAUGGCCAGUUGAAGAAUUUCCGUGACCUGCCCCAUAAGCUGCCUCCUGCCCUGGAGCCCAAGGGAGAGAAGGUCACCUCCAAGACAGACAAGACCCGGAUGAACGCCUUGGAGAGAGCCACAGGGACCAGCAGUGACGAGAAGACUAAGGUGGAGAAUGCAGCCAAGACAGACCACCAUAACUCCACUACUACAAACCAUCCACACCAUCCCCCUCCGCCACAACUGCCACCCAAACCUGUGCGAGAGUUGGCGCGGGUGUUGUUCCCCUACACAGCUGAGCAUGAAGAUGAGUUGGAGCUGCGGGAGGGAGAUAUCAUCACAGUGUUGUGCAAGGAACUGGAGGAUAAGGGCUGGUGGAAGGGUGAGCUGGCAGGCAACGUUGGUGUCUUCCCCGACAAUUUUGUGGAGCUGCUCAGUUCAGAAGAAGUGGCUAAACCACCACGGCCUGAGAAGCCUGCAGCAGUAUUAGCUAAGAAAGGAUCACCAAGUAGUUCAGCUGACAGCACACCCACCAGCACUCUCAACAAGUCAGGCAAAGAACCACUGCCUUCUCCUAUAGAAAAAGAACCACCACCACCUCUACCAGAAAAAAAGGUUUCUGCCCCACCUCCUCCUGAGAAAAAGCCCACCUCUCAAGCUUCCCACAGUGUGUCUGAGCCUCAUGAGGGUGCCCCACAACCCCACCACACAAUCUCUCACCCAGCCAUGCCCAAGAACACCAAGAAGACUGCACUGAAAGAAGAUGGGAGCAGCCUCAUCUUAGACACAGAUGGGGAGAAACUUACCCAUGUUACCCAGAACCGCCCCAAAGGUCCUUCCCACCGGCGUCCACCCUCAGGACUCUUCAAAGAGAACAUGAAAAACCAAAACAACGAUGAAACAGACUCUCCUCUCCCCCCAACCCCUGAGGACAAGCUCGACCAUGACACACCUUCACAGGCUAAUGGAGAACUAUCUCGGAGCCCCAGUGUGCCAGCCCUCAAUCAGCCAGCGCACAGCAGGCAGGCAGAGGUGCGGAUAAGGCCAGAGACAAGUCCUCGGCCAGAUGCAAAUCCUCCUGUGCCAUGGCUGCAGGAACUUGGCCUAAAACAGAAACACAAACGACUGUCUGGCAUCAUUAUUCCAGAGGGAGAAUCUUCACCUCCUUCUGCCCCUGCAGUAUCCCCAAAGCCAGCUGCCAAGCCUGCAAAACCCACUGUUGAAACUACAUCCACCAAUAUGCAUGUCACCAACACAGCCACACCCACUCCGAAAUCCAAACCUUCAGAAACCCCACGCCUCCCCACCCCAGAUUAUGAGCACAAGCCCUUCACACCACAGCCUCCUCCCAGCAAGAAUAAGCCUCUGCCAGCCAUUCCACAGCCGACAGAAAGUAAAAGAACUGCACUACCCAGUCAAGACACAAAGAAAUUAGCCCCUACCCCUCCAUCAAAGGAAAGCAAAAAGCCUGUAUCCACAGACAGCACAGCACAAGUGGAAGACAGAAUUGAUGCACUGUACAAAGAAUUGCUUCCCAAAAUAAGAAGCUUGGAGGAGCGAGUUGAAGAGCAGCGGAAGGAGCAGAACCGUAAGAUGCAGUCCCUGAUGAAGGAGCUAGAUGAUGAGCGGAAGAGGCGAGCCUGCAUGGAGGUGGAGGUGGAACGUCUCAGAAAAUUGGUGGAUGCCUAUGCUCAAGUGUAGGAGACGGUGACAGGUGUGCUGUUGGGGAACCAUCACAUUCCAGGCAGUAUAGAAAAGUGUUGCAGCAUCACAUCCUUUUCCUUCCAUGUAUAAGAACAGUCUGUUGACUGAUACUGCCUCUCAGCCUCAUUCCCUGUAGGUGUAAGAAUAUCUUACUAAAAUACUAAUCUGCCUUGGUCUUCCUUGCCGGCAGGAAAAUUGGUUCCUGACCCGCCGUAACUGUCAAAUGUAAAGCACCCUGGUUACUGAUUGGAGGGGUGUAUGCAUGUGUGUGUGUGUGUGUGUGUGUGUGUGUGUGUGUGUGUGUGUGUGUGUGUGUGUGUGUGUGUGUGUGCCUAUAUACAAGUAUGCUUCAAUGCACCUGCAUUCUUAUGUAUGCAGAGGAAGAGAUAAACCUGUAUUGUCAAGGCUGUGUUUUCCUGCCACAGCUACUUGUAUUUAAUAGUAGUUCUGAACAUCAGUGUAUGUAUCAGAUUUUUCUGUAUUUUUCAAUAUUCAUGAAAGUAUUUUCAUACAGAGAAGUGUUCAUUAUUAAAGUGUUUGAAUGAAGGCAUGACUACUCCCUAACCUCCUCAGCAUUCAUGCUGAUGGAAAGGAAGUUAGUGGCAGUGUGUUGUCCCUACUGAUGUGUUGUGCUAUUGUCACUGUGCCAUGUUGGUGAUGGUGGUGCCAAGGUUCCGUUGAGGCUCCUUUGUCCCUCAAGAGCCAUGAUUUAGAGCAUUGUUAAGGUAUACUACUUAAUGUUUUUUUCACUGUUUUAAUGUAAAUUCAGCCAGUAUUUGGGGAUAUUUGCGAGGUAGUAUGGUGUUUGUUAAGAGCAUUUUUGACAGUGCUGGUCUAACCACACACUUAAUAUUGCAGACCCUUAAUUCACUGCUGCUGUUCUUAAGCAGCCACACAAUGAAACUUGAUCCUUUGCCAAUGUCUUAACCAAACAGUCAGAUGUGUCGGAAAUGUCAGUAUUUCAACCAGCAGGUGUACAGACCUAAUGCCUCUUUCUUACACUGUUUUGUACCACAUCUGGACCAGGCGUCCAGAAGUGUCUGCUGCUGUAGAUAAUGUAUAUAGUCAGAGAUUAAUGAGAGCCUAUUUGUCAUAUACAAGAAAGGAGUUUUCAGGAACAUUGUAAUAUAGAAAUAUUGAGAAGUGUCCAGAAGCAAUAGUUAUGUGUUGGAGACAUAUCAAAACCUUUCUUUGUAAGUUGAUCCCUAGCAUAGUAGAUAGGCAGAAUGUAGUGCAUAAGGAAGAUACUAUGAAUUACCAAUUUUGUAUGUAAAUAUCAUCUAAGGCCUUGAUUUUUAUAAAGCUAAAUGAAUAAAGUGUUUGUUUCAAGAUGGUACUUAUACUUGUAGUAAGAAGUUAAGGAAGGUUGCCUCAUGUGUUGUGUUUCAGUGGUUAUUGUCCUUUGUAUAUUUUUAUAAUAUUGCAGCUCAGUUCACAAUUCUUCAUACAUACAGCAUUUCUAAAUUUUUGGUUUCUCUCUCUCUCUCUCUCUCUCUCUCUCUCUCUCUCUCUCUCUCUCUCUCUCUCUCUCUCUCUCUCUCUCUCUCUCUCUCUCUCUCUCUCUCUCUCUCUCUCUCUCUCUCUCUCUCGUAAGCCUCAAUGGAAGAACCUUUGUGUAAUGUGCCCAUAGUGUAUCCCAUUACCUGUGUUGCAUUUAGGAUUGUAUUCUAAACAUUUUGGCACCUUACCUUGACUAUAUUCAAUGGGCUGUAGUGAAAGUUAUUUGUGUUUUCAAGCAUAUUUUCAUGAUUCUUGUGAUUAAGAAGAAUUCUGGACCAUCAAUAGAAAAACAAUGUCCAUAAAAACCCAACUAAUCAUCUUUGCAGCCUUUGAAAAUAGUCCUUAUGAAAAUCUGAAAGCAUUUCAAAAUAUGGGCUUUAGACUUGGUAGUGUAAUCACCUUUGUGUGUGUCAUUGCCAUUUACUGUGGCCAUUCAAGCCUCUUGAUUUCCUCUGCUUAUGAUUUUUUUUUUUUUUUUUUUUACAUCAUACAGGUUUGUAGCUUCUUUUUGUAUGUACUACAGCAGUUCAUACCACUGAUGUACAAGUUGAAUAAUAUAUAAAGAAAUAAUUCCUAUAAAAGACAGUGAUAAUAGGGAUCAUGUCAUUUUAGUGAUAAUCAGAAUUAUUUUUCCACUUGCUCAAAUUUGAGAGCUCACAUGUGUCAAGGCUGGAAGUCUGAGGCAAAAAUUUAAAACACUGGAAAUCCUCUUCACCACAUUUUACAGAGACACCCAAGAAAGCAGUGGUUUGGCUUUGGCUUUGCAGUACAAGACACUAUCCAUUCCUACCAUUUUUACUGUAAUAGUUUGUACUUAAGGUGUGGUUUUUAACAUUCCCCAUGUCAUUUCACACACACUUUAUAAGAAAGGGUCAGUAAAUGAUUAUGAGCUGCUAUAUGUUAUGACUGAAAGUAGUUUGAGAUUGUCCAUUAUGUGUGUGUGUGUGUGUGUGUGUGUGUGUGUGUGUGUGUGUGUGUGUGUGUGAUUUUUUUUGUAAACAUUCCAUAACUUUGUAAUUUUUACUUUUCAGACUAGGAAUUACUACUAUGAUGAAAAAAAUUAAAUCAUUAUCAUAAGAAUUAUAGAUAUCUAGUCAUAUAAUGUCAAAUUAAUGCAUAAUUGGCAGUGUGGUGUAUGGUAUGAAUGUUGAUUGUAGUCUCCUUUACUAUGUGGGGCUGUGGUAUCCUACCUUGUGCUAUGUGGGGCUGUGGUAUCCCACCUUGUGCUAUGUGGGGCUGUAGUAUCCCACCUUGUGCUGUGUGGGACUGUGGUAUCCCACCUUGUGCUGUGUGGGGCUGUGGUAUCCCACCUUGCUUUGUGUGGGGCUGUGGUAUCCCACCUUGUGUUGUGUGGGACUGUGGCAUUCCACUUUGUGCUGUGUGGGACAGUGGCAUUCCACUUUGUGCUGUGUGGGACUGUGGCACUUCCUUCUGUACUGUGUGGGGCUUGUGACACCCACUUCAUGCUGUGUGGGGUAUUGACACUUAGCCCUAUGCUGCAUGGGGCUGUGGCACUCAGUUUGUUCUCUGUAAACCAUGGCACUCACCCCUAUGCCAUGUGGAGGAUGUAGCACCCAUCACGUGCUAAUGCACACCUCAAGUCUUCAUCACCCCUAGAAAUUAUAAGAAUUGUCUUUAAUUAAGCUGCAUACCAUUACAAAAAUCUGUAUAUUUUUUAAUAAUCUUGACCCUGCAUUGUACCUAUCAACCAUUUAUUUUCUUGUGCACAAUCAUACUUAUAUUUUAUUUAACACUAGUCAGUGUGUAAAUAAAAAAGUAAAUGAAACCCAUUGGGAAUUGAAAUUGUAUUUCUUACCCAAAUAUAAAACCCAGACAAGGAAGAUUAUAAUAGAUAACUGGUGAAGAGUUGUAGAGUAUUAAAGGAGGUGCAUGGCAAGAGAUUAAAGGAAGGAUGCCUCGGGAGAGGAAGUUAUGAACAUGGGAAGGAUUAACCUUAGUGUCAAAAUAUUGAAAAUAUAGAGGAAGGUUAACCAAAACAUUUCCAAGAACAAGCCUGCUGGCAUGUUUAGGGAUAGGUAAGAUCAUAGAGGUGUUUUUACAUCACUCAUAAUUAGAUUAGUUUUGACUGGGUUUUGUUUACUCUUGUAAAUUUGUUAUAUCCACACCAUUUCUUCCUAGAUUUCCAUAUGAAUUUAAAGUACUUGAUAGGUAAUCAUUCUUAACUUCUUUGAAACUUGAAGAUUGUGAGAUGUUUUACCUGCUGGUUUUGAUUGCGCCGUUUCAUAUUCUUCCUACACUAUUCUUACUUUCAUAAUCAACUAGAAAAUAUAAUAAUAAUAAUAAAAUAAGGUUGCUGGAUAUAGCUCAUCACCAAACUCCCUCUUUUUUUAAUCAGUUUCUUUAUUUCUGUAUUUCGGUAACGCACACUGACUAUUGACGGUAAGUACUGUAAUACAUGACAGCCUUACUCGCUUGAUGCUAGCAUAGAGCUAGCGGGGUCAUAACCAUGUGUCCUGCAGAGGUGGCCAGAGUGGUCCGGUUUUGAGUUUUCCCGCCAAAUAACAUGAGACUACCUUAGGGGCACCAAAGCUGGUUUAUUAUUAUGUCAGGGAAAAUAUAUAAAGUUAUCUAUGACCCUUGUAAACUUGAAAAGAAAAAGAAACUAAGGUAUUAAAAUGGAGAUAAUUUGAUAAGCAGAUGGCGAGUGUUGUCACUGUUAUGUUCCUGCUGCAGUGAUGUUGUGGUCGCCGGGUUAAAAGAAGGGAAGGCGCAAGGUGGGCCAUCAGCUGAUCCCAACGAGGCCAAGCAGCUGAACCAGUCUUAACUACCUCUGCCUGAGGUGGUGGUCAUUUAACUUGGAAACAGGGAAUUAGCCAUCCAAUUCAACCUGAAUGAAGGAUGAAUAACAACAAUGAAGUCAUCAAGCAAUACAAGGAAGUUUUUCCAGCAUUUGGAAGUUACAUGGAAUGUAUGUCCAGGACUUUCAUGACUGGAUUGGCAUCAUUUAGCUUAGAGCUCUGGAGGAAGCCUUUGGCAGGAAGGUGCUAGACCGGUACUCAGUAGUUUUGGGAAUAUUCCGUCAUCAUGCCCAGACUAAGGAGGCACGACUGCAGAUUGCUUUGGCUGAAUUGCCAUAUAUGAG